AUGGCCGUCGUUGCCUUUUACCUACAGUCGGCGCUCUUCAACUUCCAGAGCCUGCUGCUCGUCCUGCUGCUGCUGAUCUGCACGUGCGCCUACGUGCACCAGAUAUUCCCCGCGAUCCUCGACCGCAACAAGACUGGCCUCACGGGCGUCUUUUGGAAGUGCGCCAGGAUAGGCGAGCGGUUGAGCCCCUACAUAAGUCUGUGUUGUGUCUUCAUGGCGAUCUCUGUAUUUGUUGGCAACUGA